AUGAAGCGAAGUGAAGAUCCUCCGGUGAAGAGCGCUCGACGGUCAUGGCACGGCGCGGAGAGUCUCGAAAUGGGACGAGCGGACGCACUCGAGCCGCUUCGUGGCGACUGGAAUCGCGACAAAUUCAGCCAAGAAGUCCUGGACGCCUUGGAUGAUAUGGCUGAUGAUGAAUCGCUACUGCUCGAAGCCUGUCGACAGGACUCCCUCUAUCCGAUCUAUUUUGAGCAUAUCAACGCCGGUCGAAUGCAGUUCGCCUUGUUAUUCCUACUUGCCCUUUGUGUGGCACAGACGAUACUGACAGUGCUGCUCCAAGAAUGGAUUCUCCUCAUGUUUCUGGCAGUAGUCGACGUUUUCAUUCUUGGUUGGUUGGUAUUUCACAAAGGAAACUCCAUUAUACUCUCAUCUGUGGUCAUCUUAUGUGCUACUCGCAUGCGCUCCGUACAUUGUACACUCAUCGUUACGGUGUUGAUACUAUUUCUCUGCUAUACACUGCUACCUCUGCCUCUGAUUCCUACAGCAUUGGCAGCCGCUGUCGUCUCUGCAACGGGUCUCUCUAUUCAGCUAAUAAACAAUGCCGAUGGAACGAUGCUCAUAACUCAUGCGAUUCUUUUCUUUGCUAUCAAUUACUGCUGUCGUUUUUCGUGUUCUAUCGCCAGCUGGUACAAGCUCGUACAACGAGACUUUUCGCAAGAGACGAGAAAAUGCGUGGAGACUAGGAUGAUGCUUGUCAGGGAAUUGGACAAACAGGAGAAGAUAUUACUCAGCGUGCUGCCGAAACACAUAGCGCUAUGA